UCAGCAUAGAGCAAAUACUUACAAAAUGUAUUAGAACAGAAAAUUAAGUUAUUUAUUAUACACGGCAUCUUUAAACUGAUUUUCGGUUCGCUCAACAACGAUCUAGGAAAUCAAAAAGGCUAACCCUUCCCUUGUUCAGAUUACACCGGCACCAUCCACUAUGACUGGAUCCAUCGCUUUGGUUCUGCUGGUUCUCCUACCCCUCGUGAGGGGCCAGGUUCCCCAUUGGGGGCCCUGUCCUGAGCCUAUCACCCAGGCCGACUUCAGCAUCAAGCAGUUUGCUGGGAGAUGGUAUGAAAUCGCCAAACUGCCAGCCCAGUUUGAAAAGGGACGAUGCAUCGAGACCAACUUCACCGUAAAGGCGGAUAACUCUGUCCGAGUCGUCAGCUCAGAGAUACUAAGGGGUGAAUUGAGAAAAAUCGAAGGCUUUGGAAUAACAGAGGAUCCGAAGAACCCUGCCAAACUGGGAAUAACCUUUUCCUAUGUGCUGCCCUACACCCCGUACUGGAUCCUGUCCACCGACUACGUGAACACGGCCGUGGUGUACUCGUGCACCGACAUCCUGCGUCUGUUCCACGUGGAGUUCGCCUGGGUGCUGAGCCGCGUUCGCGCGCCGCCCGCCGGCACGCUGGAGAAGGCCGACGAGGUGUUCGCCAAGAACAGCAUCGACGUCACCCAGAUGAUCAACACCCGGCAGCAGGGAUGUUGAUGGAAAGGAGAUCCAACAUGUCCUCGUCGCUCUUGAUUACUAAUAGUAUUCUGUGUUUGUGUUCGGAAUUUGAGGCCACAGUUAAGGAUACAAUCUGGUGUUUGUGUAUUUUUGGGGGUUUGGCUUGAAUUGUGAAAUCUAUUCCACCCUGAAUUUGUAAUAUGUGAGACUAUGUUGCAUGCUUGCCUUUGAGUUUGCCUUUAAGUAUUUAAGAAUAAUACAUAUUAUUUUCUGCACUUUUUGAGGCUUUUUUUUUAAUACAUUUGGGGUAAGCUGUAUUUUUUUUAUUAAAAAAUAUUCUCUUGAUAUAGGAAGUUCAUCACUAGGUAUCUGUACAGAACACUUAGAGAAGCAGUCCCAUUUAUAAAUAGUAGGCCUACCUGAAAGUGGGUGAAAAGUUACAAAUAAAGAACCACUUUACUUAAAAGUUUAAUAUUCCUUGAUCAAUAAAUUGACCCCAAUAGGCUAAAGCGUGGCCCAGGGUACAGGAAACACAAGAUGGCGCUGUUGAGGAAUGAUGAGCGUUUCUAACGUUGGCUUUCUAGAGAUCGGGUGGUUAUUAUGCUGCAUGUUAUUAUAAUUGGCUGACUUCUAUCGUACACACUAUUCAUUUUGAAAAUGAGUGACCAUUUAAGCUGUGUAAUAGCCUCUUGUUUGAAUGUUGUUGAUGUCCCAAAUUACAGCCAUAGAGUGUCUCAUUAGAGUCAAUAAAAGCCUACACAAUCAUGUCAGAGUGAUUCAUUAAAA